CCCUGUUCAUGCUGGGAGACUGUCACUUCUGGGCGGGAAACAAACUUCGGCUAAUUCAUUUGAUUCGAUAAAAAAAAGUGCCAAAUGUUUCCUCUCUUGCUUUUGGCUUACGUUGUAGCCAUCAAAGUAUUCAAAAAAACUACUCCAAAUGGAAAGCUUACAGUUUACCUUGGAAAACGGGACUUCAUAGACCACUUAGAUAGCGUAGAUCCCAUUGAUGGCAUCGUUGUUGUUGAAAAUGAUUAUCUUCAGGGGCGAAAAGUUUACGGACAGGUGACGACAGUAUUCCGCUAUGGCCGCGAGGAGGACGAGGUCAUGGGUGUCAAAUUCAGCAAAGAACUUGUCUUAUGUCGCGAGCAAAUAGUGCCGAUAAAGAAGGAGAAGCAAGAUAUGACACCCGUUCAAGAACGACUUUUGAAACGACUUGGAGCUACCGCCUAUCCUUUCUUGUUCCAAUUUCCACAGAACUCUCCCAGCUCAGUCACACUACAACCUGGCGAUGACGAUCAAGGGAAACCACUGGGUGUUGAGUACACUGUUAGAAUAUAUGUGGGGGAACACGAAGAAGACAGGGGACAUAAAAGAUCAUCUGUUGCAUUAGCGAUCAAAAAGCUACAAUACGCUCCGCCCACGAGAGGACGUAAACUACCUAGCUCACUGGUUUCCAAGGGAUUCACUUUCUCUCAGGGUAAAUUGAACCUUGAAGUUACACUUGACAGGGAGAUCUACUACCAUGGCGAAAAAGUAGCUGCAAACGUUAUAGUUACCAACAAUUCUCGAAAAGCAGUGAAAAAUAUCAAGCUGUUUGUGGUGCAGCAUUGCGAGGUAACGAUGGUUAAUACUCAAUUCUCUCGAAACGUGGCCAGCUUAGAAACGCGCGAAGGAUGCCCGAUUACACCUGGCGCAUCUUUUACAAAGCAGUUCUAUCUUGUUCCACUGGCUAGUAGCAAUAAAGAUCGACGUGGUAUUGCUCUCGAUGGACAUCUAAAAGACGAUGACGUGAAUCUCGCAUCUUCGACUAUGGUUGCCGACGGUAAAGCACCUAACGAGGCUAUGGGUAUUGUUAUCUCGUAUUCUCUGCGAGUGAAAUUGAAUUGUGGUACCUUGGGCGGUGAACUAGUUACAGAUGUUCCGCUUAAAUUAAUGCAUCCAGCUCCAGGAGUUGCAGAAAAAGAAAAAGCUACUUUGAAGAAGAACAAAAGCGUCGACAGGACACGCUAUGAGAAUUCUUGUUAUUCUAAUGACGAUGACGAUAAUAUCGUGUUCGAAGACUUCGCUCGUCUGCGUUUGAACGAGCCAGAAUAAAUCUUUUUCAAUAAGGCAAAUAUUUACUUCAAAAUAAUCUUAGAUUAAUCAUACUUUAUAAUACAUUUAACUCAGAACUUGGUAGAAUAAUAUUAAAUUAGUAGAAUAUAAUAAAAAAAACAAUGUAUAUAUGUAGAAUGCGUCGUUUCUAGGAUUCUUUUGAUGUAAAUUAUGCUGAAAAAUUAAAGGGAGAAUAAAAAGGUAUAGAAGGUAAUGGGUUACAAUAUCACUAUAUGUACGCAGUGACCUAUGGAAGUAAAUAAAUAUUAAUAUAAGAAGAGAAAUGUAACAAAAAAAAAUACAAAAAAAAGCGAAAAGUAUCAUACAAAAAUGUAUAUCGCUUUAGAAUUUCUAUCCGAUAGUGGUGGUCGGUUAGAAAUUCACAUGAAGGCGAACAAAAAAAAAAAUGAUUCCAAGUAAGCUUUAUAAAUAAUUUAUAUUCGGCUAUGUUUAAAACUUUCCCGCCUUACCAGAAGUGACAUGUAUGCUAUUAAUUUUGAUUUAUUAUGAUUAUAACGUGUCUGUAAAUGUUAAUUUAUUACAAACCGAUGGCAUUGUUGAGUUAUAAUCUGUAUGUUAGAAGAAAAAUAAAAACAUUGCAAAAUACG